AUGGCCGACCGCCUCUCUGCCGGCGCGAUGUCUGCUCCACCACCUCCACCGCAGCCAGCAUCAGUCCACCAGUCGCAAUCUACACAACACGCCACACCGCAGCAUGCUCAGCAUCAAGCAUCUCCGACUGGCGGGAGUCAACAAGGAGGCUCUGCUACGAGUUUUCGGAGACAACGCGCUUCGAGAGCUUGCGAGACUUGCCAUGCGCGAAAGGUGCGCUGUGAUGCCGCUAGCCUCGGUGUGCCUUGCACCAACUGCGUCGCUUUCAACAUCGAGUGCAGGAUCCCAUCUCCCAAACGAAAGAAGACGUCCUCCAAGCAGAAAGAAUCAAACAGUGACCGCGAAGACAGCAGCAGCAUAGUCCAGCCCUCACCUGCCACCCACGAGAUUGUUGCACGAUCAGAUGUCGCCAGCCAGGCUCCGAUGCCUAUGCCCCAGCUACCUCCUCGAAAUGGUGUCGACUACUCUGCCGCUAGUGGCAUGCCGCCCACCACCCUCUCGGAGAAAUAUCAAGAACAACAGCAGAUUCACGAUGCAACCUGGAGUCAGUACAUGAAGCCCAAGUUUGCUCGCGCCCCCAUCAAAGAGGCUGGACGUGUCGCAUAUCUGGGCGAGUCAUCCAACCUGUCUCUGCUCGUGCACGACAAACAUGGCAACUCGGACGUCGUACACUAUCCUCUGCCUGAGAAUGUGCGUGGUCCUCGGGCACGCAUGAACGAACUUGACGAACUCGAAUUGCGCAUUUUGCAUGAGCGCGGAGCAUUCUUGCUUCCCCCGCGCCAGUUGUGCGACGAGCUGGUCGAUGCUUUCUUCACCUGGAUUGCCCCUGUCGUACCUGUGAUUGAUCGCAACAAAUUCAUGCGCCGCUACAGAGAUCCCAAGAACCCUCCUUCGUUACUCCUGCUGCAAGCGAUUCUCCUGGCUGGAUCACGCGUGUGCACGAAUGCACAACUCAUGGACGCCAAUGGCUCUACGACUCCGGCUGCCAUGACCUUCUACAAACGAGCCAAGGCAUUGUACGAUGCCAAUUAUGAAGAUGACCGUAUUACCAUUGUCCAAGCCGUCAUCCUGAUGGGCUGGUAUUGGGAGGGCCCAGAGGGUAAGAUGCGAGACAGAUUCCGCGUCGCCAGUGAGUACCAAUCUGACAUUGCUUCAGAUGUAACCAAAAACGUGUUCUAUUGGAGCAGAGUGGCUGUCGUGAUCGCUCAAGGCUCUGGAAUGCACAGAAGUGUCGAAAAGUCUCAACUCAGCCAACAGGACAAGCGUCUCUGGAAGCGCAUCUGGUGGACGCUAUUCACGCGAGAUCGCUCUGUGGCAGUGGCUCUCGGUCGCCCUUGCGGUAUCAACAUCGAAGACUCGGAUGUCGAGAUGAUCUCGGAAGACGACUUUAUCGAGGACGAAACAGAUCCAGCGCCUGAAUAUCCUCUCAACCCGGUACACAUUCAUUUCUUCCUGAAUUACGUCAAACUCUGCGAAAUCAUGGGGUUGGUUCUGUCGCAAAACUACUCGGUCGCUUCGCAGAGACGCGGCCGCAACAAUGCGAUUGACCUGACUCAUUGUGAUAUGGCUCUGGCCGACUGGCUUCAAAACUGCCCCAAGGAGNNAGUCUAUUGGGAGAAGAGUCGACAUCAUUUCUGGUCUGCUCUUCUCCACUCCAAUUACUACACCACACUUUGUCUUCUGCACCGCGCUCACAUGCCUCCUGCUGGCUCAUCACCAGAGGCGAAUCGGUCAAAUGGCUUCCCGGACGACAUGACUUAUCCAUCAAAGAACAUCGCCUAUCAAGCAGCUGGCAUGAUCACUUCUAUCAUCGAGGCCCUGACGGACCACAAUGAGCUUCAAUUCACGCCCGCCUUCAUGUGA